AUGUUCCUUGACAAAAUAAAACCAACUACAGAAAUAAACGACGCAAGACUGAAAGAUUGGGUAAAAGCUUUCCCAUUCACAAAAGAUAUUAUUGGUAACAUGGAAAGAAAACCAGAAUGGCUACAAAAACAUAUAUUUGGAAACGAGCUUAUUCCAUAUGGACAAGCUCUGUUUGAAGAGCUUGAACCAGAAACUCAGGAAAGAGUCAUGCAAACAAUACGCGAAGACUCAAAUACAGACUAUGACAAACUCUUUCUAGGAUAUAGGUUACCUGAGAUGGGCGACCAGAGCCAAAAGGCAAAAAGGACAUGGGAAAUUUGCAACAUACUAGAUGAACAUAAUGCAAAGAUGCAACAACUUCAAGCAGAGGGCAAUGAAGGAAAAAGAAGAGUUAAAAACUCAGUCAGGAAGAAAGUAAAGCUUGGUCCACGUGGGUUCUAUUAUGACAUAUAA